AGGAGCAGCAGCCGGGAGCCCUCACGCGGACCAGCGCUCUAUGGCCAUAGGGAGCCGCUGAGAGGAGAACAGGCUCUCGCUCGCACCCCGGCUCGGCUCGCACUCUCGCUCCCCUGGCCCGCACUCGCACUCUCGGCUCCCCUGGCCCGCGCCUCCCGCCACCAUGAACCACUCUCCGCUCAAGACUGCGCUGGCGUACGAAUGCUUCCAGGACCAGGACAACUCCACGCUCGCUUUGCCCUCUGACCAAAAGAUGAAGACCGGCACGUCGGGCAGGCAGCGCGUGCAGGAGCAAGUGAUGAUGACCGUCAAACGGCAGAAGUCCAAGUCUUCCCAGUCGUCCACCUUGAGUCACUCCAACCGAGGUUCCAUGUAUGAUGGGCUGGCUGACAAUUACAACAACUACGGCACCACGAGUAGAAGCAGCUACUUCUCCAAGUUCCAGGCAGGGAAUGGCUCGUGGGGAUAUCCGAUCUACAAUGGGACCCUCAAGCGGGAGCCUGACAACAGACGCUUCAGCUCCUAUAGCCAGAUGGAGAACUGGAGCCGGCACUAUCCCCGAGGCAGCUGUGCCACCCCGGGCGCUGGCAGUGACAUCUGCUUCAUGCAGAAAAUCAAGGCAAGCCGCAGUGAGCCUGACCUCUACUGUGACCCAAGGGGCACACUGCGCAAGGGCACCCUGGGCAGCAAGGGCCACAAGACCACCCAGAACCGAUGCAGCUUCUACAGCACUUGCAGUGGUCAGAAGGCUGUCAAGAAGUGUCCCGUGCGGCCGCCCUCCUGCACCUCCAAGCAAGACCCGGUGUAUGUGCCGCCUAUCUCCUGCAACAAGGACCUGUCCUUCGGCCACUCAAGGGCCAGUUCCAAGAUCUGCAGUGAGGAUAUUGAGUGUAGUGGGCUGACCAUCCCCAAGGCUGUGCAGUACCUGUGCUCCCAGGAUGAGAAGUACCAGGCCAUCGGAGCCUAUUACAUCCAGCACACCUGCUUCCAGGAUGAAUCUGCCAAGCAACAGGUCUAUCAGCUGGGGGGCAUCUGCAAGCUGGUGGACCUCCUCCGCAGCCCCAAUCAGAAUGUCCAGCAGGCUGCUGCCGGAGCCCUGCGCAACCUGGUGUUCAGGAGCACCCCCAACAAGCUGGAGACCAGGAGGCAGAACGGAAUCCGUGAGGCUGUCAGCCUCCUGAGGAGAAGCGGGAGCACGGAGAUCCAGAAACAGCUGACUGGGCUACUCUGGAACCUGUCUUCCACUGACGAGCUGAAGGAGGAGCUGGUGGCCGAUGCCCUGCCUGUUCUGACUGACCGGGUCAUCAUUCCUUUCUCUGGCUGGUGUGAUGGUAACAGCAACAUGUCCCGGGAAGUAGUGGACCCUGAGGUCUUCUUCAAUGCCACAGGCUGCUUGAGGAACCUGAGUUCAGCUGAUGCUGGCCGCCAAACUAUGCGGAACUACUCUGGGCUCAUUGACUCCCUCAUGGCCUAUGUCCAGAACUGCGUGGCUGCCAGCCGCUGCGAUGACAAGUCUGUGGAGAACUGCAUGUGUAUCCUGCAUAACCUCUCCUACCGCCUGGACGCCGAGGUGCCCACUCGCUACCGCCAGCUAGAGUACAAUACCCGCAAUGCCUACACCGAGAAGUCCUCCACUGGCUGCUUCAGCAACAGGGGUGACAAGAUGAUGAACAAUAACUAUGACUGCCCACUUCCGGAGGAGGAGACCAACCCCAAGGGCAGCAGCUGGCUGUACCACUCAGAUGCCAUCCGCACCUACCUGAACCUCAUGGGAAAGAGCAAGAAAGAUGCUACCUUGGAGGCCUGUGCUGGGGCCCUGCAGAACCUGACAGCCAGCAAGGGGCUGAUGUCCAAUGGUAUGAGUCAGUUGAUUGGAAUAAAGGAAAAGGGCCUGCCACAAAUCGCCCGUCUCCUGCAAUCUGGCAAUUCAGAUGUGGUGCGGUCCGGAGCCUCUCUGCUGAGCAACAUGUCUCGCCACCCUGUUCUGCACAGAGUGAUGGGAAACCAGGUGUUCCCAGAGGUAACCAGACUCCUCACGAGCCACACCGGCAAUACCAGCAACUCUGAAGAUAUCUUGUCCUCAGCCUGCUACACUGUGAGGAACCUGAUGACCUCACAGCCUCAGAUGGCCAAGCAGUACUUCUCCAACAGCAUGCUCAACAAUGUCUUCAACUUGUGCCGCAACACUGCCUCCUCACCUAAGGCUGCAGAGGCUGCCCGGCUACUCCUGUCUGACAUGUGGGCCAGCAAGGAGCUGCAGAGUGUCCUCAGGCAGCAAGGUUUCGAUAGGAACAUGAUGGGAAACAUAGCUGGGGCCAACAACCUCAGAAACUUCACCUCCCGGUUCUAAGAAGAGACUACCCAAGCAAGUUCAACUUGCAGAAAGACACGACCCAGCUGAGAAGACCUCAGGCCUUGAAGAUGGGUUACCUGCUCCAUCCUGCGUGGUAUUUGGAGACGUUCAGAUGCAACCAAGAGCAGCCUGAAAACUGUGGAUGAUGGAAAUAAUUUUUGAUUCUUUUUUUUUUCCUUAGGGGAACUGGCAGGCUAUAGGGUUGGGGAGGUUGGGUGGGGGGACUUUCUUGAGUUAAAGGGGCUUACAUCUGAUGUCAAUACUUUCUUCUCUGAGA